GAAGGCCUUCGGGAUUGCAUCGAUGACUCUUCCUGGAAACCAUCAAAAGAAGAAGUCAAUGCGUUUGUCUCAGUGUGUCGUGGAUUGCCGAUUAUCGCCUCAAUCCGGGUCCGGGAUGUCUGCCUUCAAACUCAUCGUGGUGCAACUCUUCAAUCCGAGUUCGAAUACUUUCGUGAUCUCACCGAUGCCCCUGUCGACGUCAAUUUGGAGUACCUGCGUGUGCUUCGUCGUGCCUAUAUAGUCGGCUCAUCUGGAGUCCGUAAAGAUAUUGCUGAGAAGUAUCGCCACGUGGUUGCCAUAAUCAAUGCAGCAUUCGAACCACUAAGUGUGUUUUUUAUAUCGCAGCUGUCAGGAAUUGCCGAGGAAGAGGUCCUAGCCAUAUUGGAACCAAUUGGCUCAAUUGUCGAUCUUUCUUCAGAAAGUGGCUUGGAACGUUUUUCGGAAGUCCCUCCAGAAAGUUCCUCCAAGAAAAUGCAGGGCGUCAAAUUCUAUCAUGCAACGAUGAAGGAGUUUAUAACAGGGGAUUCGAUUGGUAGUGAGAAUGACCAAGUAUUCUUUAUCAAGGAUGCGAACAAGUAUUUUAUCGGACUGCCACUCCUCCGAUUUUUCAAUAAUAGUUGUGAGCGGGAUGUGUUUGGGGAGCCCACCAUUCUCCCUUUAGGAGAUGAAUGGACAUGGGGAGAUUUUUGGGAGAGAAAACGUUGUCUCCCUCAUCAUCUCCGAUAUACUCGUGAAUACUUAUUAGGACACUUGGACCCCUCACAACUCUUUGCACAAGAGUCCAAUUUGCAGAACGAGUUUAAUACAUUCCUCACGCGAAACUUGGUUACAUUUAUGCACCUGACGUCAAACAGUGAAUAUGGUAAAGGAUUCCCUGAUGGAUUUGAUGGAUUCAAGAAUUGCGAUUCAUUCAAACUUUUGAAAGAAGCUCAAAAAAAGCAAUUUGUACUGCACACGUCUUGGGAGUCCGACAUGCCUUUUGUGUUUUCUUCGGCACCAUGGCACCUCCAUCGAUCAAGCCUUCCUUUCACCCCAUCUUCAUCACCUUUUCACAAAUUGUAUGGCCACCUCUCUGAUCCUUUCCGAAUCUUCACCAUUUCCGGCGAGUUUUCCGGGCACAGAAUCCCAUUGAGUGAGGAUUUACUCGAUGCUCGAAUGGUCAUGGAGGCGAAGCUACCUAAUUUUCCAAAGAAGGCUGGUAGUCGUCAGGAUGAUUAUGAUGCCCAAUUCAACGAUCCUGAUAUUCGUAACGGUAUUGUGACAUGUGCAGCGCUCUCCCUCGAUGGUCAUCAUAUAGCUCUCGGUAUUGGCAGUGGCAUCAUUGAGCUUGCUGAUAUCGACCAUCAGCGCACGAUCUCCCGAUUCCAGCUUGAUUCACCCAACCACCCAGUCUGGAUCGAAUUUGUCCAUGGCAGCCACCGAGUUGCUGCUGAGGACAAUGAGGGGAACGUCACCAUCCUUAGCCACGAUAUGACCCCCAUUAAUCUUGGUACUCUUCCCAAUGGUCCUAUUCCUGCUGUAACUCGAGUAUCAGAUAACGGAUUGUUUAUCAUACGAGCCCCAUGGAACACUGAUAACACGUGGUACAACAACUUGACUCUCAUAUCCAUUCUGGACAACCCGCACAUGCAGCUCCUCGCUUCUCCUCCUUCCCAAUCAGAUGAUUCUCCUCGCCGUGACACGCUUGCUAUUCCUCAUCGUCGCACGCUUGGGUUUUCUCCGGGAGCACAUUAUAUCGGUGCUUUCAAUGGCCUCAGCGCUUUCACCUGGUCGACAGACUCGGGUGAGCUCAUUGCGCAUUAUCGCGUGACAGACUUCAGAUUUUGGAUCAUGAAUCCCGCUGUUCCCCCUGCCUGCUCUUAUCACAUCCCUGAUCCUGUAUCCGCUCGACCUACCCUUCCCAUGACAGAAGGCAGCGCAGCAGAUAGACAUCAUUCCAAAACAGAUGCGGUCCAUAACUUGCAGGACGAGUCCUGGAUCAAGCGCCCAUUUUAUGUUCUCUCACAAAGCAAGGACGAGGAGGAGUUUGACAUCCAUUCAUCCGCUGCAGGAAGAUCCCCACUGUUCCGAGCCAGUGGACGACUCACUGGGCUACCAAUGUUCUUCAAUGGAAAAUUAGAAUUCGUUAUUCCCAUGGAGUAUCAACCACAUGUUUCUUCUGGUGGCCACGGUCACGGUCUAGGUGUUUGGUAUGGUGAUCAAGUGCCGUCUGAUCCUACCUUUAUGUACAGCCCUCGGUCCAGCAAAGAUGGGACUCGAAUCCUUCUCCAAGGCCAGCAGACAGCCCCAAUUGUUGUUGAUCUUAGCCAAGUCGUUUAGGAUGUUCGUGGUCAAUUGCAAUUUCUUCCUAUUUACCUUGCGCGUAUAUCCACUGUCAGAGGGGGAAAUCGCGAAGUUUCGUU